GAGAUAUACUGAUAUAGACACGAUAGAAACGUGAGCUGCAAAGAACAUAAACGCGUUUGAGCUGCAACGCUGCAUUAGAGAUUUUGAUUUGUUAUUGCAUCAGCGCAGCAGAAGGAACAUGGCGUCGCACUCUUGACAUUGUCAACAACAAGUCGGAAAACGUUCGUUCAAAGGAAUAAAAUAUUUGGUAUAAACUGAUUAGAAAUGGUGCCAAACAGUGAAGAUAGUAAUGGGGCUACCAGCAGCACCGAGCAAACAACUUUGAAAUCGCCUAAAACAAGUAAAGGGAAAACAACCCCUUCCAAGAGCUCCAUCAAUGUGGAAAAAGACACUGAUGAAUAUCGCAAGCUCAGAGACAGAAACAAUGAAGCUGUCAAGAAGAGUCGGACGAGGACCAAACUGAGAACUCAGAACACGCUAGACAAGGUGGAGAAACUCAGAGGUGAAAACACAAAGCUGGAAGACCGUAUUGAGGGACUCAAGAAAGAGCUGGAGCUUCUCAAAGAACUUUUUGUCAGCCAUGCAGGUACCAAGAGCAUGAAGAGGCUGACUGAGGUAGAUCUCGAUGUACUCCUUGCUGAAGCUGCUCCCAGCAACAAAAGGAGCAAGAAAGGAAACACACCGUACGCUGGCAGAAGUAGAGAAGAUAUUGAAAGGGAAGUACUAGCUCUUUUAGGUCAGCAAGCAGAAGAGUCUGAUGAUGAAGCCGACGACGAUGAUGAACCACAGCCUUCAACAUCCCGUGACAUAGAUCAGACCAAUAUGUCUGAAGAACAGUCGUUGAUGGAAGACCCAACCAGCGCCAAUAACACGAUUGAAUGUGUGGAUCUGUCGAACGAAAACGAAACCGAAGAAAUUCUCACUGUUGAACCCUCUGUCGAUGAUGGCGAAAUCACCGAGACCUACACAAUUGUCGAUGAUGGGACUGGUGGACCUCACAUUUGGACCACAGAAGACGGUGAAUCGGUCGUCGUGACUAUCGAACAAGACGAACAAGGCACUUUGGUGGCAUCCAGCGUCCAGCAGCAAGAUUUAAAUGACAUUAUUCAGGGAGAGAUUUUGAUGUUGGAGUAAUCAAACCAAAAUCAAUACAUUGAUUUCAUCGUACGUGUUUCUGGUUUGUUUCACAGGCUGAGAAAAUCUUCCGCUGCAUUUCACACGCCUUUAUAGAUAACCUGAUGGAUACCCACCAAGGCUUUUUUAAUUUGAAAUAUUUUGUAUCUGUGGAGCCAAAAUAUCAGUUACGAUCCAUUUUGAUCUCGAAAA